AUGGAUGUUGAGCUGAAGGGUAUUGACCCUACAGCAGAUAGAGAUGAGAUUAUGGAGGCUAUCAAACACGAGAUAGGAAAUGACGUGACGGAAAUCAAACUGAAGGUUCUAAGGAUAGACCCUAGGCAGAACAAAAUUGCCAUUAUAGAGAGACCCGCAAACUUGAUGAUGAAAUUAGUGAGGAAAUCCAAAAUAAAGAUAGGAUGGACUGUGGUAUUUGUAAAAGAGAUACCAAGGCUUCUUAGGUGUUUCCGGUGUCAUGACUUCGGACACGUGGCGAUAAAUUGUAAAAACGCAAAAAGCGGUACAGGCUACUGCAGAAGAUGCGGUAGUAUCGAGCACCAGUUGCGAGAGUGUACGGCAAAUCCCAGAUGUAGAUUGUGUCAGGAAGAUAAUUUACCGGAGGAGAGGCUAGCCCAUGUUGCAGCCUCUGUUAGGUGCCAAAGAUACAAGGAGGCCUUGAGACAGAAAAGACAAAAUUAA